AUGUCUAGCAACAGCCAAGUUGGCGGGGAGCCCAUUGCGAUUGUGGGAAGUGCUUGUCGAUUCCCCGGUGAUGCGACAUCCCCAUCCAAGCUUUGGGAAUUGCUCAAGAACCCUCGAGAUGUCUUGACCGAGAUACCGAAAAGUCGGUUCAAUCCUGAUGCCUUUUAUCAUCCAGAUAGUUCUCAUCAUGGAACAAGCAAUGUCCGUCACUCCUAUGUCCUGUCAGAUGAUCACCGGCUAUUUGACGCCCAAUUCUUCGGGACCAAACCAGUGGAAGCGAAUGCAAUUGAUCCUCAGCAAAGGCUGCUACUCGAGACAGUAUACGAGAGUCUUGAAUCGGCAGGAAUACCCAUGGAGAAAUUGCAAGGCUCCGAUACUGGCGUCUAUGUCGGAUUGAUGACGAACGACUAUUCAGACCUUGUGGGUCGAGAUAUCCAGAACAUUCCUGCAUACUUCGCGUCUGGAACUGCUCGAAGCAUUCUUUCAAACCGGAUCUCAUACUUCUUCAAUUGGCAUGGUCCAUCGAUGACCAUUGAUACUGCCUGCUCCUCGAGUCUGGUCGCAAUGCACCAGGCGGUGCAAAGUUUGCGCACCGGUGAAACCAAGGUAGCGGUGGCGGCAGGCACGAAUCUUCUUUUGGGCCCGGAACAAUAUGUCGCUGAGAGCAAAUUGAAAAUGCUCUCCCCGACGGGUCGGUCGCGCAUGUGGGACAAGGAUGCAGAUGGAUACGCCCGUGGUGACGGCAUUGCGGUUGUUGUCCUCAAGCCACUCACGGCCGCUCUGGCUGAUGGCGACCAUAUCGAGUGUAUCAUUCGUGAAACUGGCACAAAUCAAGAUGGGCGUACCAAAGGAAUCACAAUGCCUAAUCCAGUGGCCCAGGCAGACUUGAUUCGAUCCACCUAUUUCAGAGCGGGACUUGACAUAACCAAAGCUGGUGAUCGGCCUCAAUAUUUCGAGGCUCAUGGAACAGGAACACCGGCAGGAGACCCAGUUGAGGCGGAAGCCAUCAGCUCGGCAUUUUUUGGACGCAAGGCGGGCUAUUACCGGAAAUCCAACGAGGAGCCCCCGCUGUUCGUCGGAUCGAUCAAGACAAUCAUUGGACAUACAGAAGGCACAGCUGGUCUCGCUGCAGUUAUCAAGGCUUCACUGGCGCUGCAAAAUGGUGUUAUUCCUCCCAACCUUCUAUUAAACGAGUUAAAUCCAGCUGUGAAACCAUUCUAUAGCGAUCUUCAGAUCAUCAAAAAGGCUGAGAACUGGCCCAAUCUUCCACAAAAUGCAGUUCGCCGUGCUAGUGUCAACAGCUUUGGGUUUGGUGGGGCAAACGCGCAUGCAAUCCUGGAAUUAUUUGAAAGCACAAACAGCAUCACUGCAACCAAUUCCGCUUCUCUUGCAUUCACACCUUUUAAUUUCUCAGCUGCUUCAGAAAAGUCCCUCGCUGCAACUCUCGCUCAAUAUUCGGCAUAUUUAAAAGGUCGACCUAGUGUUAAUCUCCGCGAUUUGUCAUGGACCCUGAACUGUCGUCGGUCUACUCUGCCUGUGCGAGUAUCUAUCUCAGCAUCCAAUCAAGCUGAUCUAAUCGCAAAAUUGAACAGGGCGGCACAUUCAGAUCAUGGAUCCACUCCAGCUUCUAAGUCUAUGAGCAUCAACCGGCCAAAGUUCCUCGGAAUAUUCACUGGUCAGGGUGCACAAUGGGCUGGAAUGGGAGCAGAGCUGGUCAGUGGGUCAUUGCUGGGUGCUGAAUGUAUUGCCCGUCUGGACUUUGCUCUUCAAAACCUUCCAGAAGAGCAUCGCCCUACAUGGUCACUCAAAGAUGAGAUAUUGAAAGAUUCUGUCUCGUCACGAAUAGGGCAGGCAUUGUUCUCCCAAUCUUUGUGCACGGCCAUUCAAAUAAUGCUGGUCGACCUGCUUCGCGCGGCGGGUAUUGUUUUCACCGCAGUCGUCGGACAUUCAUCAGGAGAAAUCUCCGCGGCAUACGCUGCCGGAUAUCUCAGAGCAGAAGACGCCAUAAAAAUCGCAUAUUUUCGUGGUUGGGCUUUGCAACACUCCGCAGAUGUCAAUGGAGUCAAAGGAGCAAUGAUGGCCGCAGGAACGUCUAUCGAAGAUGCGCGGGAACUUUGUGAUAUGCCGACUCUCGAGGGACGAAUCUGUGUUGCUGCGAGCAACUCGUCUGCCAGUGUCACACUUUCUGGUGAUUUGGAUGCUAUAGAGGAGGCGAAGGAGGUCUUUGAAGACGAGAAGAAGUUCGCACGGUUGCUCAAAGUUGAUAAGGCAUAUCACUCUCAUCAUAUGCUACCCUGCGCUGCUCCUUACAUCGAAGCCCUUCAGAACUGCAGAAUCAGAAUCCAGGAUCGGUCAGAUAUAGGUACAGCUUGGAUCUCCAGUGUUUAUGAAAAGAACAUAGAGAACGUCAACGAUAGCCUAGUAGACACAUACUGGAGCAACAACAUGGUCAAUCCCGUUCUCUUCUCGCAAGCAGUGAGCUUUGCAACUGCUGCACUUGGACCUUUUGACAUGGCGCUCGAAGUUGGCCCCCAUCCGGCGCUUAAAGGACCCGUUUUGCAAACAAUUCAGGAGGUGUCAGGAAGCGAACUUCCUUACACAGGAACAUUCAACCGAGGGAAAGACAGCCGAGAGGCAUUUUCCUCUGCACUUGGAGCUAUAUGGAUUUCCAUGGGAGAGAAUGUCGUGGAUUUCGCAAAAUUCGACAAUGAAGUGCUUCCAGAUGACCAAAGAAGAAGACUAGUGACCGGGCUACCGACUUAUUCAUGGGAUCAUGAUCGUGUCUAUUGGCACGAGUCUCGCUUAUCGAAAACAUUUCGCGAAGACGGCGAGAAGUUCCAUCCUCUUCUUGGAGCUCAAUGUGCGGACGGCGCCCAGAAAGAGGUCCGAUGGCGAAACUAUCUCAAUACCCGAGAAAUCCCGUGGCUCGCUCACCACCAGGUCCAGGGUCAGAUGGUCUUUCCUGCGGCAGGCUAUGUAUCCGCUGCCGUUGAGAUUCUGAUUCGACAGUUCGGACUUCCGUCUAUCAGAGUGGUGGAUUUGCAAGAUUUCAUCAUUGGCCAGGCUCUUGUCCUGGAAGAUAAUGUUCCGGUAGAGAUCAUAUAUGCUUUGAAGCUCUCUGAUCUGCACGAUGAUGUCGCAUGGGCAGAAUUCAAUUGCUAUUCCGAUUCAAAUAGAGGAACAUCAUCAAUAUCACUGCAUGCCUCUGCUAGGAUCAAGGUUACACUUGGCAAUCCCAGUCAUAGCGAUCUACCACCAGGGACUGAACACCAAGGACCGUUCCUCGAAGUUGAGACUGACCGAUUUUAUAACUUUGUUUCCAACCUUGGUUUUGGCUAUACCGGUCCAUUCCGUGCACUUUCCAACCUUAGAAGAAAGAUGGACCAUGCCACAGGAUCCAUUUCCAUUCCGAUAGAUGAAAGCAUGGAGAGUCCUUUACUGAUUCAUCCUGGAUCACUAGACGCUGCGAUACAGGCAAUCAUGCUGGCGUACUCCUUUCCUGGUGACGGCCGUCUGCGCACGCUUUACCUGCCUACAAGAAUUGACAGCAUCCGUAUCAAUCUGACUGUUUACCACGACUUCGCGGGGCCCGGCUCGGAACUUUCGUUCUACGCUUCGGUCGCAACUACGAGAUUCGCAGAGCUCUCUGGAGAUGUGGAUUUGUAUUCAGCCGAUGGGCAAUACACAGUUGUGCAACUUCAGGGGCUUCAUACAACUCCCCUCGCCCCCUUGACAGCCGCAAAUGAUAUUCCAAUGUUCACUAAAAUCCAGUGGGCCCCCGAGGAACCAACAGGGGAUGUCGCUGAUAUGGAUGUGAACUCCAAAGAACACCGAGUACACCUCUCAGCAAUAGAACGCGUUGCGCACUUUUAUUUGAAAAGCCUUCGGUCAUCAGUGAAGGGGUCUGAGAUUCCAGCAGUCGCGACACAUCACGCCCAAUUACUGGCAUACGCCAGCCAUUGCGUCUCAACCGUGAAAUUAGAUAAGAACCCCUGGGUCCCAGCAGAGUGCUGUGAUGAUACGACAGAAGACAUUUUGCACCUCAUCUCUCGGUACCCGGGUAGCAUUGACAUGAAGAUCAUGAGACAAGUUGGCGAAGCACUACCGUCUGUUGUUCGAGGAGAAGCCAAUCUAUUUGAAAUUCUCACCAGGGACAAUCUACUAAACCAAUUUUAUUCCAGCACAACUGGAAUCGAGUUUUACUUGCAACAACUCUCUCGGUUAGCUGGUCAGAUAAGUAACCGAUUCCCGAACCUCAAUGCUUUGGAGAUCGGUGCCGGGGCUGGGGAGAAUACAGAAUGGAUCCUCAGUGGCAUGCAAAGGAGCUUCGCUUCCUACACCUACACCGAUAUCCUGGACAGUCAGUUUGAUCAGGCACAAGACAAGUUCAAAGAAUACCAAACAAAAAUGGCUUUCAAAGUCCUUGAUGUUGAGAAAGACGUUGUAGAGCAAGGAUUUGCCCCGGAAUCAUUCGACCUGGUCAUUGCCUUACUUGCUCUCUAUGCGACAAGCAGUCUUGAGACAACGCUGUCCAACGUUCGCCGUCUUAUCAAGCCCGGGGGCUAUCUGUUGCUCCUAGAACUGGUCAAUCCAAGUGUGUUGCGAUUUGGCCUUGUCCUUGGUGGACUUCCAGCAUGGUGGAUGGGCCAUUCUGAGGGCCGGACCCUAUCCCCUUGUAUAUCCACUGAAGAAUGGAAUGACUUGAUGGGCAAGACAGGAUUCUCUCGCUGUGAUGUCUCCAUAAGCUCCCAACUGGAUUUACCGGUUCCAUUCUCGGUCAUGUUGACCCAGGCUGUUGAUCAACGAUUGAAUAUUUUACGAGACCCAUUAGCUCCAAAGAAUGAAGUGAUGGCAAUUGAAUCCUUGACCAUAGUUGGCGGCCGAACCUCAUUGACGACAUCUCUACUUUUGGACAUAAGAGAAGCAGUUGGCCGUCACUACGGCAAAAUCAAGUUUUACUCUUCAUUGGCUGAUAUUUCCCUGUCAGACCUUCGAGUAAUGGGUUCAGUACUCUGCCUGUCCGAGCUGGAUGAGCCUGCACUUGUUUCUAUGACACCACGAAGCUUGAAAGCAUUCAAAGGACUGUUUGAGAAAAGUAAGAACAUCCUGUGGGUUGGUUAUGGUGCACAGGGGUCAAAUCCAUCUGCCAACAUGAUUGUCGGAGUUCAACGAACUUUGCAGGUUGAAAUGCCUCAUCUCCGAAUGCAAAUUCUGAAUCUGCAUUCCCUCGAAGAUGCAAGAUCCGAUCUCAUAGCCAAGAAGCUUAUACAGCUCGAGGCUACGGACUCCUGGGAGCAAAAAGGCCAGCUCCAAGAUAUUCUGUGGUAUACAGAGCCGCAAAUAACUUUGCGGAGUGGACAGUUCUUCAUUCCUCGACUGAAAAUGCACACCGAAAGGAAUGACCGAUACAAUUCUUCUAAACGGCUGAUCGUGAAAAGUGUGGAACGGAAUUCCUCUGCGGUCACAGUUCAGAUAUCCGACGGGUAUUACCAAGUCUUGGAAGCAGAAAAUCGUCAUUCCCGUUUAUUGAACAGUGGUGUGCAAAUCCAGGUGACAGACUCAAUCCUGCGUCCUGUGAGGAUAAAUCAAAGUGACCACCUAUUUUUGGUGGCUGGAAAAGAGUGUGAAACGGGUGCCGAUGUUGUCGCGUUUUCGGAAUAUCUUAGCUCAUGCAUCCACGUACCACUGUCUUGGUGUGUUCGAUGCGGGAAUUCAAGCGACGAAUCCCUACGGUCAAUGGCCAGCCUUUACUCGCACUUGAUUGCUCGGGCACUGCUCAGCAACGUGCUCCCGGGAAACACCAUCGCGGUCCUGGAACCUGACUUCUCCCUAGCUGCCAUACUCACGCAACUCGCAAACAAAAGAGGAAUUGGACUGAUCCUUUUCACCACAAACAACAGUAUUUGCUCAAGACCCUGGAUAUAUAUGCAUCGAAACUCCACGCGACGCGAAAUCAUGAGAAAUAUACCGCCGAAAGUAAUCAGAUUGUUCAAUUUCUAUGGCGAUGACGACUUGCUUUCUGUUCUUCAAGGGUGUUUGCCAGAUGAGUGCCGACUGGAAACCGAGCUUUCACUGACAAUGCAAUAUUCAAGACACUCGCCUUCUCUGGCCGCUGCUGAUGAUAUUGCCUCUCAGCUCCAGGAUCUAUGGUUGAGGGUUCAGAUGGACCAGAGCCCCAUCAACCUGGACAGACUGCCAAGCCUCACCCUAACAAGCCUUAUUGACAGUCAGCCGCACCCCGGUAAACAGGUGAUCCUCAGAUGGGAAAGUGAGAAGCUGCCUUUACAGAUUUUCCCCGCAACAAGAGUGGUCAGGUUCGAUCAAAACAAAACAUACUGGCUGGUCGGGCUAACAGCAGGGCUGGGCCUUUCUCUAUGUCAAUGGAUGGCUAGGCAGGGCGCCCGGUAUAUUGCCUUGUCUAGUCGCAAACCCGAGGUGGACGCGAAAUGGAUAAUGCAGAUGGCUGACAACGGAUGCACAGUCCGUGUCUUCGCUUGUGACAUUACAAACCGCGAGUCCGUGACGAACACCUACAACAAACUUGCGAACACAAUGCCGCGGAUUGCUGGGGUUGCACAAGGUGCUAUGGUUCUUCAAGACACUAUGUUCCUUGACCUCGACUUACCUCGCUUUGAGAAGGUUCUGCAGCCUAAGAUUCAGGGAAGCAUUUUACUCGAUGAGCUCUUCUCUGAAGAUACGUUGGAUUUCAUGAUAUUCUUUUCGUCUAUGGCUGCGAUCACCGGCAAUCCCGGUCAAGUCGCAUACAAUGCUGCAAACAUGUUCAUGGCCAGUCUGGCAAAUCAACGUCGGAGUAGAGGACUGGCCGGAUACGCCAUCAACAUUGGUGCAAUUGUUGGUAAUGGCUAUGUGACAAGGGAGUUAAACAUGGACCAACAAUCUUAUCUUUACCGAGUCGGUCACACCUGGAUGUCAGAGCAGGACUUUCGUGAGGUGUUUGCCGAAGGAAUUCUCUCUUGCAUGGCAAGAACGGGUGGUUCUGAGUUGUGCAGCUCGUUGAGGAUUGACGAGGAUGAGUCCAAAAAUUGGGUUGCAAACCCGAUCUUCCAACAUUUGGUAAUAAAGGCCAAUCCCCUAGCUGUGACAAGCAAGAGAAACAAGGGAGGGGUUAUUGUCAGGCUGCAACUGCUUGAUGCCAUCUCUAAAGAGGAGGUUUUGGAGAUCCUGCAAGAUGCUUUCACGGUCAAACUGCGAUCUAUGCUACAGCUUGAUCCGGAUAAGGCUAUUCUCGACACUAGUAUGGAUACUCACGGAGUCGAUUCUCUCAACGCGGUAGAGAUUCGAUCUUGGUUCCUCAAGGAGAUUGCCGUUGAUAUGCCGGUGCUGAAGAUUUUCAAUGCAGCAUCAGUUCGAGAUCUCAUCGACUCGGCAGCCAGUCUGCUCCCAGAUACGCUGAUCCCUAAAGUUAAGACAGAUAAAGAUGUUUCCGACGCUCCUGCUGCGAUGCGUCCUCAUACGCCUCAAAUGGGUUCUCCAGAUCUUGAGUCUGCACAGGACACACCAACUUCUGGAUCAAGUGAUCAGGUCAAGACUUUCCAUUUGGAGUACAUCCCGUCAUACAAUAAUGGUAGCGUGCGCUCAGUCACAUCUGUAGGGACAACGGAUUCGAAUUCGGAACAUAGUGGGGAGACAUCAGCAUCUGCAAGCUCUGUCGAUGAUGUCUCAGACACGGAUACUGUUCGAAAACAACAAGUUCAACGAACCCUUCCCAUGUCACACGGGCAGUCACGAUUCUACUUCCUAAGAUCCUUCGUCGAAGAUCAGACAGCAUUCAAUGUCACUGCAGUCUUUCAACUCAAGGGACACUUACAGAUUGAAGACUUUGCCCGAGCAGUUGAAGCAGUGGGCCAGCAUCAUGAAGCUUUGAGAACAUUUUUCUUCUUGGGCGAGGACAAACGAGCAAUGCAAGGUGUUUGGGUCAAGUCUACACUACGACUGGAACGAUCGCUCAUCAGUCAUGAGCGAGACAUUGAGGCUUUCAAAGAUCAGAUGAGAUUGCAUGUUUACAAAAUUGAAGAAGGUGAAACUCUUCGCAUGAAACUUCUUUCUCUGUCUAGCGAUCAGCACUGGCUAAUACUGGGCUUUCAUCACAUCAACAUGGACGGCAUCAGCGUCGAGAUAUUAUGGUCAGACCUCGAGAAAGCCUACAGUGGAGUGCCUCUGUCGGACGAUAUGCUUCAAUACCCAGACUUCACCUUGAGACAGCUACGCGACCACGAAACAGGGGCUUGGCAAAAGAGUCUCGAUUACUGGAAAGAGGAGUUUACCGAUAUUCCCUCGGUCGCACCGUUGCUUCCAUUCUCUCGCCUACCAGCUAGGCCCGCUGUUUCUGAUAUCGGAACUCACAGUGCCUACAUGCGCCUGGACCGGGAUCUCUCCGACAAAAUCAAGAAGUGUGCGUCGAUAUUCAACGUGACACCGUAUCACUUCCAUCUUACGAUCUGGCAAACUCUUCUUUUUAGGCUCUUUGAUAUAGAGGAUGUCUGUAUCGGCCUUGGGAACGGCAAUCGUACGGACCCUGAUGUCAUGCUCACCAUCGGGUUACUCCUCAACCUUGUUCCCAUCCGAUUCCAUCGCAAAUCAUCUCAGUCAUUUGGUGAGGCGUUGAAGGAUACAAAGUCGAUUUCCCAACGGACUUUCUCGCAUGCUCAUAUUCCAUUGAGUGUCAUUCUGUCUGAACUGAGUGUGCCUAGAUCAACUGCCCAUAGUCCCCUAUUCCAGAUCUCCUUCAAUUACCGUCCUAAGAUUGCGGAGUCUCGCCAAUUCUGUGGUUGUGAGGCUAGCGCAUCUCUGUUGAGCACUGGUGGCAUCCCCUAUGAUCUUCAUCUCGACGUUGUAGAUGUUGUCGGUGGAGAGACUUCGAUUUACUUGCUGGUCCAGAAGGAGCUGUAUGACCUGCAACAUGCGGAGAUUCUCCUUCGCAGUUAUCACAGUCUCAUACAAGCAUUCAUUGAUAAUCCCGCGACAAGGACUUUCUGGCCAGCAUUAUUCUCCAAGGAUGAUGUCGAGAAGGGCUUGAUUGCCGGAUCCGUGAUCGAGAAUCCGUGGCCCGAAACAUUGAUUCAUCGAAUUGGCGACAUCUCAACAAACUAUGCCGAUCGUAUUGCUCUUAGAGAGCCAAGGGGCUUCGAUCUUACAUACUCGCAGUUGGUAAAUCGAGUCUCGGCAAUUGCGACUGAAUUGCUUCGAAGAGGCAUACUCCCAGGGGACAGAGUUGGGGUCUUCCAACGCCCCGGCGCAGAUUGGAUUUGCUCUAUGAUGGCAAUUUGGCAUGUUGGUGGAACUUACGUGCCCUUGGACAAGAAGUCUGGAAUUGAUCGAUUGUCAAUCAUGAUCUCCGAGACAGCGCCCUGCCUUAUUCUGACCAGUAAUACCACUGCCUCAGACUAUCAUCAACUCCACAUCUCAACGGAACCACUCGAUAUUUCUUGUCUUCAAUCGGUGUGCAGAACCCCCGUGCAAAACAUAUCGAAGGCGACACAGACAGCUCUUCUUAUGUAUACAAGUGGUUCGACUGGCGCUCCCAAAGCCAUCAUGAUAAACCAUAACGCACUCUCGCAUCAAAUACACGCAUUUAGUGAGACUUGGGGUAUCCGAGAAGGAAAGGAAACAGUGCUCCAUCAAUCGUCCUACGCCUGGGAUAUGUCCAUUUGUCAAAUAUUGCUUUCACUCAGCAACGCAGGAACGUUGAUCAUUGCUGACGACCAACAUCGCGUUCAUCCCGCUGCAAUUGCAAGUCUCAUUCAGUCGGAAAGCAUCACCACCACGGUUGCAACCCCUACCGAGUAUUUCUCAUGGAUCCGUCACGGGGGCUUGCAGAUAGGACAAACUAAGUGGAGUCUGGCCAUUUCCGGUGGUGAAACUCUUUCCAACGCCUUGAUGCUGGAGUUUCAAUCUCUUGCCAAGCCAGACUUAACGCUUAUUAACGCAUACGGCCCAGCUGAAGUAACCAUGGCCUGCAGCUCAGUGGAGGUUCCGUACAUAGAAUCUGACACCCUGGUUGCAUAUAGGCCCAUGAAUCUUUACACCUUACCAAACAACUCUGUUUAUAUCGUGGACGAGGACCUGAAUCCAGUCCCUAUUGGUAUCCCAGGAGAGCUGGUGAUUGGAGGAGCAGGUGUCGCUCUGGGCUAUCUCGACGUGGACAAGAAUAAGGAUCGAUUUCUAACCGAUCAACACACAAGCCCCUUUUUCCGGAGCCAAGGAUGGACUACAAUUCAUCGCUCCGGCGACCGGGCUCGCCUGACGGAGGAUGGUGGCCUUGAUCUCAUGGGUCGUAUCAGCGGUGACAAUCAAAUCAAACUUAAUGGGAUACGUAUCAACUUUGAGGAGAUCGAGGCAGCGAUUUUGAGGGCUUCCAAGGGCAAAGUUUUGCAAGUGGUGGUGUCACCUCGUUCAUCCGCCGAGGAUGCUUCACGAAAGUUCCUCGUUGCAUUCGUCGUUAUGGUUGACAUCGCCACAAUCGAACUUCAAAGACAGUAUCUAGAGCAAAUCACCCCGGACCUCCCGCUGCCGCCGUACAUGCUCCCAGCUGCGAUCAUUCCCAUUGACGAUCUGCCUCAGAAUACCUCUGGCAAGGUGGACCGUUCGAUCGUGAGCAGUUUUCCUAUUCCAAAGAGCCCAUACCAAGAAAUCAAUCCAAAAGGUCUUCUGCCUUUGGAAGACUCUCUACGUCAGCUCUGGGAAGAAACUAUUCCUCAAGAUGUUCUCUCUCAUCAGUCAAUCAGAUCACAGUCAGAUUACUUCCAUUCUGGCGGAAGCUCUAUGUCACUGGUGACUCUGCAAUCGUUGAUCAAAGAGCGGCUUGAUGUAUCUGUGUCCUUACAUAAGCUUUUUGAGGCGAGUACUCUGCACGCCAUGGCUUCUCUUGUGGGGAAAAAAUCCACUAUCAACCUAGAAAUGUCCGUGAAUUGGGAAGAGGAAAUCGACGCCAUGAUUGCAUCAUCUCAAGACACCCUGCCUGGCCUUGCCAACCAGAAGGAGCCUUCGGAGCUCCGCAUUGUGGUUCUCUCAGGAGCAACCGGGUUCAUAGGCAAGGAGAUCUUGCGGAAACUACUAGAUGAAGACACUGUUCAGGCUGUACACUGUCUUGCUGUCCGACGCUCACACGACGAGCUACCAGAGAUUUUCUCCCACCCGAAGGUCUAUUUGCACAAUGGCAACUUGGGCGCCCCCAAUUUAGGGCUGACAGAUUCCGACGCGGUCUCAAUAUUCACUCGCGCCGAUGUCAUCAUCCACAACGGGGCCGAUGUGUCUUUUAUGAAGACCUACCAAUCUCUCAAAUUGACGAAUGUGGCAUCCACAAGGGAACUUGCCAAGCUGGCCUUGCCAAGACGCAUUCCCUUUCAUUUCAUUUCUUCUGCAAGCGUUACGCGCCUUGCAUCGCAACCCAGCUUUGGGGAGGUUUCAGUUGCUCCGUACUGUCCUGCUUCCAUUCCAGAUGAUGGGUACAUGGCAGCCAAGUGGGUAUGCGAAGUAUAUCUGGAGCGAGCCAGCCAGCAGUUUGGUCUUCCGGUCUGGAUCCACCGUCCUUCCAGCGUCUCGGGGGCAGAUGCGCCAGAGCUAGAUCUGAUGAGCAACAUUAUGCAAUAUUGUCAGGAGACAAAAAGGAUUCCUGACACGAAAUCAUGGCUUGGGGGUUUUGAUUUGAUUUCAGUAGAUUCUGUGGCAGAGAAAAUUGUCGAAGCGGUGCACGAGUCAAGUUUAUCUGAAGGCAGAGAUGGUUUGAGAUUUCGUUUUGCGUCUGGAGAGCUUGAGUUGAGACAAGAGGAAGUUCAAGAUGUCAUGGAGGCUGGAACUGGUGCAGAAUUUGAAGUUGUUUCUGUUACGGAGUGGGUUGAUCUUGCCGAGAAAGCAGGGAUGAGCCCCUUGCUUGGAAUGUACCUACGGAAAGCUACAGAUGGACAGGUUUUGCUCCCCAGAUUGAUUAAAGGAGCGAGGUAA